UCCUCAGGGUCAUCUGGGUUAGUCUGCUACUCUGUGGUGGAGUCACUGGAUUUAGGCUGCCUCCUGCGGUGGGAUUGUCCACACGCCACUCCUAAUACCACCUAUACCGUGCAGACGAAGACACAGGGGGAGCCGUGGCACGACGUGCCCUGGUGUGCGUGGAUCGCCUCCCGCAGCUGUGACGUCACUCAGGCGUUUGUCAACUUGGAGCUGUACAAUAUGAUCCGCCUGGGAGUCCACAUCAGCCCCACCGACACGGUCUGGAUCAAACCUCGGAAGUUCGACUACAGCGACUUCAGCUUCAGUCCGCCGUCUGUCUCGCUCUCUCUGAAGGAGGACCGGCUGCUGGUGGAGGUGCAAUUCCCCUGCGCCGCCAGCAGGAGGUGCUCUCAGACAGACUGCUGUCGGAUCACACAGCUGAUCGACCCCUGGACCACGGUGACGGUGUACAACAACCUCAACCUCUCAGAGUCUCAGGUCCUUCACCCAUAUCUGCGUCAGAUGACACUCUGGUCACAGGAGGUUCGUUCCCACAUCGAGUUUGCUGGUCUGAGUCCAGGACAGAACUACUGUGCCGUGGCCAACUUCUCCUUCCCAACCUUCGCCAUGGCAGCGUCUCCCAGAUCUGCUCCCGAGUGUGUGCAGACCACCUCCAAAGUGGGGCUGAUCCCUGCCUUGGUUCUGGGCGCUGGGAUCUGUUCAGUGGUCUUCGGUCCUCUUGUCACCAUGUUCCCUUAUAAGCCCAGACGAAGCACUCUCUCCGAACCUCAGCCCAAGACCCAGGCUGCCGACCCCAUCCCCACGCCUGCUCUGGGUCCCGUCGAUCUCACUGACGUCCACCUUGAGUUCACGGAUGACUUGACCUCCACACAGCAGGACCCUACCAUACAGCUGAAGGACGUCCUCCUCAGGUCUCAGCAGGACCCGACUUACUGGCACAGACUGCAGGCGAAUCCUAGUAUUGCAGUCAUAUGAGUCAAGACAAUUUAUUUAUUUAAGAAGUCGGGAAUGGACCAAAAGGUAAAUAUUCCAGUACUGGGGUCUAACCGUAAAGGGACAGAUCCUCAUGUGCCACUUUUCCUAAAGUGAAGACAGGAAACCACUCUGCAGUCGAGUCAAGUCUCCAUUAAAUGCUGCUUGAGAUCUUCUGAAGGAGUCAGUUGCUGUGCCUCUGUGGACAUCAUCUGCUUGGCUUCCUCUGGAGCCUCCUCCAGGCCUUGAGAAGACAAAGGACAAGAUCUCAGGACUCAAGGCUGAGUGGAGUGGUCUCCACAGGGUGAAAACCCGACAGAUAGCCCCCAGUGCUCAGUGUUUGUUAACAGAGAGUGUCAUCUACUGGGCUCUGAUUGUAAAUAACAGCGAGAUGUUUUUGACCAGUGAUUGUUUAAGAUUAGAUUGUAUCAAAUAAUGAUCUGUAAUACACCCACAAUAGACAAAACUGAUCACAAGCACAACUAGCGUGAUGAGUAAGCAUCUCAUGGCCUCCAGUUGACCCUGGAUCACUGGGCUCCCUCACAUCACGCUGUGAUGGAAAUGAGUCAGAAGGAAUUUGGAACGUGUGAGACUCACCAAUGAUGGAUAAAAAGUUCAUCUGCCGGGUCCUGUGCUGGUGGGUUCAGAUUCUCCUGUGUGGUUUCCGAGGUCCAGUGCCGCUGGCCCGGUCGCUGCAACACCAUGAAUGCAGAAAAAACCUCUGACCCCCCACAUGCUGCUGACAGCUGCUUCUUUCCAAAGUGAUAACACCACAGCAUCUCCUCAUCUGUGACUCACACUUGCUACUCUGGAGGUUUGCUGCCUCUGGGCCGUGACCGGAACCUCCUACGGACUCCUGCAGGCAGGAACAUCUCGUCAUUGUUGCUGGUGUUGCAUUCUUUACGCAACAUUGGGGAGCCUUGCUUGUUUCCUUAACCAUCUUUUCCAGAGACCAAUGGGGGUCAUCCAGAGCUCUGCUGAAUCGGUCCAGUGGUGCUGUAUUGGGGAGCAGAUGGCCACAAUGUGGAGGUGGUCAGAGCACCUGAGGCUUGAUGCUGUUUACCUGUUCAUGUCCCAUGUAAGAUCAAGCCAAAGUGUCUUAGGCAUUAAAUUCAGAAGGUGAGAAACGGUCAUUUUCUUGCCUUCUGAAGGUUUCAAGGUGGACUGUCAUGGUUUAUACCACAUGCUGCCUGCACCUAGCAUGUCCAUUAUCAAUGGCCUGUGAUCCACUGCAACAGAUGAAGGUUUUAAAAUGAUGAAGUUUAAAUCAAUAUAUCAUUUGUUUUAUAUCAAACAUGGUAAUUUGAUUAAAAACUUUGUUUGCUGUUUUCUCCUUUUUUUUAAACAUGCACCGUCUAUGAAUGUCAUAUUUGAAAAUGUAUUGUGAACAUUGAUUCAUUUCAUCGGAAUUAUAGAUAGAUAAGGAAACUUUUUUUUUUUUUAUCCUGGUGGAUGCUACGCGAGGAAAACGUGCAACUAAUGAUGUAAAGCAGCAACAAGCCUGGGUCAAAUGUGAAGCAUUUGUACAAGAAAAGCCCCUGAAAUGUUUAAAGGGAUUUGUCCUGUUGCUUCUUUGAGGUGUGUUGGGAGUAUAGCAGCUUAA